UGUGGAGUGGAGUGGAGUGGUGUGGUGUGGAGUGGAGUGGUGUGGAGUGGAGUGGUGUGGAGUGGAGUGGUGUGGAGUGGUGUGGAGUGGAGUGGAGUGGUGUGGAGUGGAGUGGUGUGGAUGGUGUGGAGUGGAGUGGUGUGGAGUGGUGUGGAGUGGAGUGGUGUGGAGUGGUGUGGAGUGGAGUGGAGUGGUGUGGUGUGGAGUGGAGUGGAGUGGUGUGGAGUGGAGUGGUGUGGAGUGGUGUGGAGUGGAGUGGUGUGGAGUGGAGUGGUGUGGAGUGGUGUGGUGUGGAGUGGAGUGGUGUGGAGUGGAGUGGUGUGGAGUGGAGUGGAGUGGUGUGGAGUGGUGUGGAGUGGAGUGGUGUGGAGUGGUGUGGAGUGGUGUGGAGUGGAGUGGUGUGGAGUGGUGUGGAGUGGAGUGGUGUGGAGUGGUGUGGAGUGGUGUGGUGUGGAGUGGAGUGGUGUGGAGUGGAGUGGUGUGGAGUGGAGUGGUGUGGAGUGGUGUGGAGUGGAGUGGAGUGGUGUGGAGUGGAGUGGUGUGGAGUGGAGUGGAGUGGUGUGGAGUGGUGUGGAGUGGUGUGGAGUGGAGUGGUGUGGAGUGGUGUGGAGUGGAGUGAGUGGUGUGGUGUGGAGUGGAGUGGUGUGGAGUGGAGUGGAGUGGUGUGGAGUGGUGUGGAGUGGAGUGGUGUGGAGUGGUGUGGAGUGGAGUGGUGUGGAGUGGUGUGGAGUGGAGUGGUGUGGAGUGGUGUGGAGUGGAGUGGUGUGGAGUGGAGUGGUGUGGAGUGGAGUGGUGUGGAGUGGAGUGGUGUGGAGUGGUGUGGAGUGGAGUGGAGUGGUGUGGAGUGGAGUGGUGUGGAGUGGAGUGGAGUGGUGUGGAGUGGUGUGGAGUGGUGUGGAGUGGAGUGGUGUGGAGUGGUGUGGAGUGGAGUGGUGUGGAGUGGUGUGGAGUGGAGUGGAGUGGUGUGGAGUGGAGUGGUGUGGAGUGGUGUGGAGUGGAGUGGUGUGGAGUGGAGUGGUGUGGAGUGGUGUGGUGUGGAGUGGAGUGGUGUGGAGUGGAGUGGUGUGGAGUGGAGUGGAGUGGUGUGGAGUGGUGUGGAGUGGAGUGGUGUGGAGUGGAGUGGUGUGGAGUGGUGUGGAGUGGAGUGGUGUGGAGUGGUGUGGAGUGGAGUGGUGUGGAGUGGUGUGGAGUGGAGUGGUGUGGAGUGGUGUGGAGUGGAGUGGAGUGGUGUGGAGUGGAGUGCACUGGUGCUCCUCAGGGAUGCGUUCUGUCUGCACUGCUAAGGAGCCCUCCAUUAAACUCCUGAAGUUUGCAGAUGACACCGCGGUCAUCAACCUGAUCCGUGACGGUGAUGAGAAUGCAUUCAGACGGGAGGUUGAACGUACCCUGGUCACAACAACCUUGAGCUGA